GCAACCUCGACGCACCGGCUCGUCAUCCUUUUAUUCCUCGCUCUCAUCCUCUCCUGUUCCUACUCGCAGAUCCUGAGGCGCAUACACCCACCUCGUUUCUCAUCUCUCGCUGCGCCCUUCAUCGCCCAUCCAACCCCUAGCGCGCCGCCAUGGUGAAGAGCUGCCUCAAGACCACCCCUCCGUAUACUCCGCUGCUCGACAGCGCCGCCGCGUCGCCCAGCGGAUCAGGCAGCAGAUCCCCCGCAACAUGCAACGGCCAGGUCCCUGCGCUGCGAAAAUACGUGUCCUUCUGCCAGGACGAAGAGUACUUCCAGGCCGAUGAUUGGGACCGGACGCCUGCCCCCGUGGCCCCCAAGUUAUCUUACCAGGAGAUCCUCGAGCUCAAGCAGAUCCUGAAGUCCCUUCCCCGUGCGCCAUCAUGCAGUAGUCGCCAACCAUUCUCGACGACCUCGAUACCGCGUUCGGCAUCGCCCCCUGGACAAUCAUCGUCGACCAAGCCUGUGUUCCCCAUAUCGCGCUUCGCCACUGCCCCUUCACUUACACCGUCGAAGUGGAAGAAUCGGGACGAUUCGGCGUCGUCUGUCGACCCACAGAUCCUGCCAUAUCUCGAUUCUGUUCCUAUACGUUUGCUCCCUCUGCUCCCUCCCUCAGAAGAGCCGUCCCAACCUAGCACGCCAGCGCAGUGCUCUACGUCUGACUCAUCGGAGCUCACUGAGACCACUGCCACCCCAGCUAAGCCGCCGCGGCCGCCGCAGUCGCCAUCAGCGUCCGCGCCUCCGGCGUGCGGUGUAAAUAUUGCAUCGUCGGCUGCUCCUUCAAAUAUCCUCUCCUUCGACACGACGCCCCCUGCAUCUCCUAUCCCUGCUCCUCAGCAUACCCCUACGAAGCGCAGACCGAACUUACCGAACUUCGCCUUUGUCCCUUUGUUGCCUGUGCGGGAAGAGUUUAAGGCCCCUGCUGAAAUCGCUGCUCCUCCUCCUCCGCCCCCGGCAAGGAGAUUCAACAUGACAUUCGUCCCUCUACUCCCUCCAGAAGAUCUCCCGAAAGUUUCGCAGGAGUCGUUGUCAGAUACUUCGAGUACUUUCGACGCGCCUGCGGAGCUGACACCUCAGAACGAGACCCCGCCAGAAGAUGAUCUGCAGCAUUCCGAGCACGACCUUAUCAGCUCGCCGCCGUCGUCAUACAUGCCGCUGAACAUUCAUCGGUCGUGCAUGUCAACGCCGUCCUUGUGCUCCGCUAGCGAUACAGACACUGAGAGCGAAACGCCCAGUGUGAGCAGUCCAUGCCCGUCCUCGCCUGCAGAGAGCGACCUCGCUCACUAUUUCGAGUCGCACGCGACGCUGGAGCCUCACGCCGAGGCCUUCGACAGCGAGCUCCAUCCUCAUAACUUGACGUCGAGCCACAACCCGUACUUUCCCGCGAUCCCGGUGUGUCCCGGCCUGAUGCAAAACGCGCUAGUGGAAGCUCCGGUGGUCACGAAGAUGAAACUCCAGGCCCUGCCAAGUCCUGCGCUUCAACCGCCUUCGCCUUUGUGCCUUGAUGGCAGUGAAGAGGCUGAGGGGGUGGCGCUGGCAGGAGCGGGAGUUGUCUCCAGUGGGUCCUCAGCACGGGCCCCUACCGGUAUGGCCAAGCGGCUGUUCAUCCAGCGGCCAUCCUCGCUGUCAUCGCUAUCAUCGCGCACCCGGCAGCAAGAGACCCUGAACGCCGUCUCGGAGAGCCUCAGCGCGAUCGCGACACUUGUCACGCCGUUGCCGUCGCCUGCACCCGAGACCCCCGAGUUCACCAUCGAGACGAUGCGCGCGCCGUCGUACGUCCAGGUACCCUCGAACUGGCGACGCGUGCCGCCGCUCGCUAUCGAGAACGAAGGCAUCCUAGAGCCGAGCAUCCGGAGGAGAGAACUCUAGAAAGAAGACAUUUGCUCUUACUGUUCCUCCUGCCAUCAUACACCGAAAGUAGAUUAGCAUCAUUCGUGCAUAUUAUUUUUCUCACAUUGUAUACGCCUCGUAGUGACCUAUUGCAUAACUCAUCCAAUUCAUCCUACGUUUUUGUGGUCCUAUCUCGCCUUGCCUCGCAUAUACACAUAUGCCUGUCACAUCCUCCCCCCUUCCCUUUCUGCAUUCCACAACAUUCGUCUUUCCCCUCCUGCACAUCGCCCCGUCUACCCACACGCCAUCCCUCCUUGUCUCACGUCCAUCCGUCCCCUGCAUGUCUAACCAUAUCGUGUCAAUUGCUCCGUACAUGCGCUGCUGGAUCCUCGUUCGUUCGAUGCUCGCUCUAUCUCUUAUCCACCAUCAUUCCCCUGCAUUUUCUUCCAGAUUUCUUGUCGCCCGCGCCGUUGGCGUGCUCGCCUCUUUUCGUAAUCGUCUGUCGGGUAGCCUUCAACUGCACCCGGCGGAUACUUUUUCCUACACCUCGGAUCUCGAGGCCUACGUUACACGGACCUGCUCUACUCGCCGUGCCUCGUCGUGCCUUCUGCUUCCCGUGGGA